GUGCAGGGCCGAGGGAGAGCCGAGGGAGCGGGGCCGGAGUGCGGCUCAGGUAGGCACCGAAGGAGGAGGCAGCCGGGAUGUCUUCGUCUUCUUCGUGGCGCUGCUCGUCCACCUCCUCCUGGUCCUGCUCUUCUUCCGAGGAGGAGGAGGAGGAGGAAGCGGCGGCGGUGGGCCUGGAGCGUUGCGGCUGCUGCCAGGCGCUGGAGGCCGAGGGCGGGCGUUGUCGCCGGGGCCCCCCUCCCUCGCCCAGCACCGCCUUCCUGCGCCUCCUGCGCCAACGACCCUUCUGCCGACGGAACCUGGACGCCGCCAAGCUGGGCCGGAUGCUGGCCAGGCAGGGCUCGCUGGAGCCCGUGGUGCGAGACCCGGGAUUCCUCCGCGACCAGGGCCUGUGCGGCCGCGGCGUGGACCAGACCCUCCUCUCCAUCCUGCUCUUCUUCCACAGUGCCUCCGGGGCCAGUGUGGUCGCCAUCGACAACAAGAUCGAGCAAGCCAUGGAUCUGGUCAAGAACCACCUGAUGUUUGCCGUGCGGGAAGAGGUGGAGGUCCUGAAGGAGCAGAUCAAGGAGCUGGCCGAGAAGAACUCCCAGCUGGAACGGGAGAACAGCCUCCUGCGCAACUUAGCCAGCCCCGAACAGCUCCAACGCUUCCAGUCUUGCCUGCCGCUGGAGGGGCCUCCCUCACCCUCACCCUCGCCGACCUCCUCCUCCUCCGCCGCCAUCUUGGCCUCCUCUGGGGAGAAGCAGAGCGCCUUGGGGCCGGGAGUCAUCCCAGGGCAGCACCGGGCAGGCUCUGCGGUGUAAGGUGGCUCUGUCCAAGGGGUGGGCAGAGCCACAGGACGCUUCCUCUUUGACCUCCGCGGAAAGGGGUCUUUUCCUCUCCUCUGCUGUGUGGGUCGGCCCCACAUGGAAGAAGGUGCCUGGGGUCGCCGGUUCACGUUUGCAUGCCUGCAGAAGGUGGGCCUUGGGAGUGCCCUCAGCCCCACGUCCUCCUCAAGAGAGACUGCCAUGCCAUCGGGGCCGGGGGCUCCUUCCUCCUUGGCAAACAGACUGUUCAAACUGGAACGAGUCGCCGGUUGAUGUGGGUUUGUGUUUCACGACCAAAAGGACCUCUUCGACUUCCCCCUAAGUUUUUUUCUGGAAAGGGGGGCACCUCGUUGGGUGUUGUGUUAUUAUUAUUUUUGUACAGCACUUAGUGCCAAACGUCUUUCCAUCUGAAUAAUGAAUGAUGUACCGAAUGCUAGGACUUGGACUGAACCGAAGCCUUUGUUGCCAAUUGUGUGGCACAGCGGGACUUUUGCCCGAAACGGUUUGGUUCCUCCUUCUCACAACCUCCCUCUCUGCAAUAGAGAGGGGGAGCUCUCCUCCCCUCUGCCUUUCUAAAGCCUUGGGGGGGACUUUGGACCAAGAACGGGACAAAUGGAAGAGACUCAGUUAAAGGAACUGAUGGGAGUGGGGGUCUGGCUUGGGGAGCAGCCCCUUCGCUGCUCCUGCUGCUCUGUUUUAGAAUCAUAGAGUUGGAAGAGACCUCAUGGGUCAUCCAGUCCAACCCCCUGCCAAGAUGGUGUAAUAUCUCUCGUUAAUGGUGUAAUAUUUUGAGAAACUGUAAUAAAAGUCUACAUUUUUUAUAUUA